GGCUUGUUUUGGUUUGUUCGAGGGGGGGUAAAAUGACGUCAUACCCUACCUAAACAAUUGAUAUCCGUUGACAUAUCGAACAAAGGAAAUAGCCUAAAACGUUUAAGAUGGGAAACUGUUUUAAAUCCUCAAAUAACGACGACAUUUCUCUGCUUCGAGGUAACGAUAGUCAUGAUUCAGCAUUAGAACCAACGCCGUUCGUUGAACCACCUCCACCAUACAGAACUCAGCCAGAACUGCAGAAUCGUAUGCCAAUAUAUCAUCCUUCCCCUGGAGUGAGCAGAACAGCUACUCAGUUAACUGAAGAUGAACAAAUUAAAAUAGCUCAGAGACUUGGACUAAUAAAUCAUCUACCAACUGGAAAAUAUGAUGGAACUAACAGAAAAGCCAAAGAGUGUGUCAUUUGCAUGAAUGAAUUUUGCUUUGGGGAGCAGUUAAGAUUUCUUCCAUGCUUACACACUUAUCAUAAAGAGUGUAUAGAUGAUUGGCUGAUGAGAUCAUUCACAUGUCCAAGUUGUAUGGAGCCUGUGGAUGCUGCACUGUUGACUACCUAUCAGACAAGCUGAUUGUUCACUGGAAGUGCUUGUUAGAAACUGUUCCUUAGUAGGCUGAUUUCUUUCAUAAAAUUGUGUGCUCUGUGAUCACAUCUCCAAUAAUUCAAAUCUACUUUCAUCAACAGAUUGAUGAAUUUUAAAAGCUUAUUCCUUUUAGCCUACAAGUGAUCCAGUAAAACUCUUUUCAUCAGUUCUACAUUAUCUAUAGUGCUGUUUUAAGAUUUAUAAAAAAAUGAACUAGGCUUCUUUUUACUGUUGGAAAGUUUAGAAAUCUAGUAGUACUUUUACAAACAUGAAAUAAAGAUUAAAUUGGGAUGAAGAUUUCAAUUUUUUAUGGUACUUAUAUGAGCUUCUGAUACAUAGUAACAUUUAAAAAGUUUUAUAGCUAAUGACACAUGUCAUUGUCAUUCAUAACUUUUCAAUUGCUAAUGCAAUUAUGCCUGCUUUUUUUUGCUUAUAUUUUCCUUUCUAAAUGUUAAAACCUAUACAUGAAUGGAUAAUGGGAUGCAUGAAAGUGCACAAAGCCUUGAUCCUAAUUAUAGAAAGGAAGCAUUUGACUUAUAAAUAUAUAUAUUAACAUAUUUAUUUGAAAUCCAGCACCACAACUGCUAUCAGUUUGAUAUUUGUAAAACAUAGAAUAUGAAGCUGCUUUUUUUUUUUUUUUUUUUUGGUAACAAUUAAUAAGCUGUUUGUUUGUUUGUUAUCAUUACUCUAGGUCUUGUAAUUCUUUGUCUCUUGAAAUGGCCUAAAAUUAUUUUAAAAUAUUGUUUGUAUUUCAUCUCAUGAAAAUGAAUUGUCAAAUGAGACUUUAAGUGGAGGAAAAUUUUUAAUGUUUUAAAAACAUUCUUACUGGUAUAUUUGAAUUUCCUUUUUUUUUUUUUUAAAUCAUAAAGGUCUUAAAAGCUAAUUUUGUUCUUAGGGAAAUUUAUUUUUUUAGGCCCAGUAGAUACUGGUACAUUAUAAAUUUUUUCUCAAUCCUUGUUUUUUUCUUAUUUAUGGAAAAAAAUUCUAAUUUGAAUUUUUAACACAUCUGGGUUUCAAAUUCUAAUGCUCUAGCAGUAGAAAUUGUUUAUAGCACAAUAAAAUCUUCUUUCUAAUAAAAAAGGUCUGUUAUUUAGAACAUGAUUUACUUUCAUUCUCAAAACUGUACAUUAGUUUUAGUUAGUAAAUAUUAUGAGAAUGGAAAUAAAGGACCACACUAAUUAGCUUGCCUGUAUUAAAUUACUAAAGCAAAAAAUAAGAUCUACACAGUGUUAAAUCUAUGACAUACUGGUAACACAGACUAAUUUUGGUAUGUCUAUUGGACUUAUUUAAACAUAUUUUCUUUUGAUUCUUUUUCAUUUUAUGAUUGCAUAAUUUGGACUGUUUCUGCUGAAAUUACUUGUGAUAUAAGUCAAAGUAAUGCUUGAUGUAGUUGUGAUGACAUAUUUUUAUAUGCUUUUGUUUGUGUUAUAUGUUUCUACAAAGUCUGAAUUAUUUUUGUGUUUAGACUUCAUAGAAACUUAGACUGUUUAUGAACGUUGUUUUAAUGGCUUAAUUUAUCUAUUGUAUGAAAUACAUAAGUAUGGAAGAUUGCAUGGGACUUACAAGAGUGCAAUUACUUGAUUGUGAUAGCAGAAUGCAUAUGCAUAAGUUAAUGCAAAGUUUCUUGAUCCUGUUUGUAAUAUGACUGUCAAUAUUAACAAAUGUACUCUAGAUAUAGAAUGAUGACAGACAUUUAAAACUAUGUAAUCUAGUGACUAAGUAGGUCUUUGCUAACCAAGAUUUUCUUAGUUCAAAUCUUUCAAUGAUAAAAUAUUUGAGUUUACAUUGCAUGAAAUACAAUUCUAGUCAAUGAAUUAAUUUUUGUUUGUUGUUGUUACAAUCACUUUGGUAUCUAAAUCUAAUUAUAUGAAGUCUAUUAUGUAGUUCUAAACAGUUAUUUGGACAUAGAAAUGGGCUGGUGUUCAGAAACAGAAAACAAAUACUGGCGAUACUGUUUUAUACUAUUGGAAAGCUGUUUUGAGAUGCUUUGAAAUUAAUUGCUACCAAACUAUUAUGAAUUGACAUUAUUUAGUAUGGAUGCUUUUACUCUUUUAAUAGAUUUCAGUCAAUUUAGUGUUUAUCUUGUAUUAUUGUUUUGGAUGAGUGUUUUGAUUUAAUUCUGUCUGUUCACAUGUUUCUAGAUCUGUGAGUUAUGUCAUGACUAUUCAUCAUAAAUCUACUAGUAGCUAGAAUGAUUUUAAUGAUUAGAGAUUACAUUUCUAAGUUAAAUUGUAAAAAAAAAAUAAUACUCACAACAUUCCCACUAAGUUUUGUUUUCCUUCACUGACAUUCUUGUCUUUCAUAUAGGCUUACAGAAAUACUUUCCCCUUUUAUAGAUUUUAUAGAUUAAUAACUUUUUUAAAAAACAAUUUAAGCAAUGCUCUAUAUAGUUUGUAAUACUAGUAUUUUUAAUGAAAUUCUAUUUAUAUUUUUCAUCCUUGUUAUUCAAGUAGAUCUAUUUAUAGUAAUGAGGUUAAUAUUCAUCCUUUUUUUUCAUUGUGAUUUUAAUUUUAUAUUCAUCAGAGUGUAAACAUUUUUUUUAACACACCAGUAUAAUUAAAACUCUUUUUAGUGACUAAGUGUGUACAAAUUAAAGUGCUUAUUAUUAGGAAACUCAAAAACAAAAAGUUAUCUCUGUUCAUGAGUGCAUGUUAAAAUAAGCAAGUUUGAAGAUGUAUUCUUAUGUCUAAAUCAGUCUAGCACAAUGUUUGUGUGCUCAUGUACUGAUAUAGCCUACACAAGUAAGUUGUACUAUUUCCUAAUUGCAGUGUCUCAGUUUAAAUUCAUUUGAUCAUUAUUCACUUUUUUAAAUCAAAUUUAGAAUUAAAAUCUUCCAUUAAAAUAAAUAAGUUGCAUUUUUUUUAGUGACCUUAGAGUAUAACUAUCUGAUACAGAUUUAACCUAAUUUUAAAAUAAGUGAUUGAUAUAGGAGCAACUAUUUCAAAAUACACAUCUUUUUAAUGAUUAUAAUGUGAUUUUUGUUUUGUAUAAUCUGGGAAUACAUUAACACUUAUCUUAUUAGAAAAUAAUGUUGACUUCAGGCUGUGUAUCUAAAUUGGAAAUAGGCCUUGUAUAUACUGGUUUUAAAAGAUACUUUAAAGUGCCUUUUGAAUCUCAUAUGAAAUUGUGUAGCUUAUUUUAGAAGUGUAGUUGUAGAUAAAACCUGGCAAGCUUUCAAGGAAUAAACACUUGCCAAUGUUAGAAUGGAGGCACUGUGGCUGAGUGUUAAAGCGCUUGACUUCUGAACCAGAUCCUGGGUUUGAAUCCUGGUGAAGACUGGGAUUUUAAAUUUUGGGAUGUUUAGGGUGCCUCUGUCCACCCAGUUCUAAUGGGUACCUGACAUUAGUAAAAAAAAUAAAGGAGAUUGGUCGUUGUGCUGGCCACAUGACACCCUUGUUAACCAUGGGCCACCUUUACAUCAUCUGCCCUAUAGACCACAUGAUCUGAAAGGUGAACUUACUUAACUUUAAUGUUAGAAUAAAUCUAGUGGUUUUUAAAUGUUGUCAGAUUGAAUAAACUUGACCUGUUUUCAAUAAAAUAAUUUUAAGUCAUCA